AUGAUCAUCAAAUAUCUGUCGAUACAUGUUAGUCGUCCAAGAAUCAGAGAAAUGCUUCAAGCUGCAGCUAAAAUGGGGUUGACAGUGUGUAGAACUUGGGCUUUUAACGAUGGUGACUAUAAUGCCCUUCAGAUUGCCCCUGGACAAUUUGAUGAAAGGGUAUUCAAGGCAUUGGAUUAUGUGAUUGCAGAAUCAAGACAAGUUGGAAUACGACUUUUGUUUAGCCUGGUUAAUAACCUCCAAGCAUAUGGUGGCAAGACUCAGUAUGUAAAAUGGGCAUGGGAUGAAGGCGUUGGUUUGAGUGCCUCUAAUGAUUCCUUCUUCUUUGAUCCAUCAAUUCGCCUUUAUUUUAAGAAUUAUGUCAAGACCAUCUUGACAAGGAAGAACUCCAUCACAGGAGUUGUGUACAGGGAUGAUCCCACUAUCUUUGGGUGGGAGUUAAUUAAUGAGCCUCGUUGCAUCACUGAUGCUUCUGGUGACACCCUACAAGACUGGAUAGAAGAAAUGUCGUCCUUUAUAAAAUCAAUCGACAGAAAACAUAUGUUGACUAUUGGGCUUGAAGGGUUUUAUGGGCCAAAAAGCCCAAAGAAAGAUUCAGUCAAUCCCGAAUUUUGGGCUGCUGAUCUUGGAGCUGAUUUUAUUCGUAAUUCUGCACCCUCCACCAUUGAUUUUGCGUCUGUUCAUAUAUAUCCUGACCAUUGGUUUAAAAAGAAGAGUCUUGAAGGAAAACUAAAAUUUGUUGCUAAAUGGAUGCGUUCCCACAUUGAAGAUGGGGACCAAGUGUUGAAGAAACCCGUGAUGUUUACAGAAUUCGGUUUAUCAGAUUUAAACAAAGGCUUUAACCCUUCACAAAGAGACCAAUUCUACAAAACUGUAUAUGACGUCAUUUAUGAAUCUGCAAAGAAAAAGGGGGCAGGUGGAGGAUCUUUUGCUUGGCAAUACUUUGUGGAAGGAAUGGAGGAUUAUAAUGAUGAUUUUGGAAUAGUGCCAUGGAAGAGAGCUUCAACUUAUGAGAUUAUAACAAAACAUACGUGUGAGUUGGCAAAAGUUCAUGGGAGGAUUGAGUCUCAAAACUUGAAACAACUUUGUAGUCAUUAGUGAUGAAAAACGGGUUGAUUAUUUAUUGUCUUAUUGAUCGAAAUAAUUUGAUUUGUUUUGUGGGGGUUUGAGGUUUUGGUUGAUUAUAGGGGAUGAUGAUGGUGUUUGGUUUUUUGUGUAAGCCAUGUUGUUCCCAUGUUUUAUAUAUAGUUAGUUUUAUGAAAAUGCAAAUUGUGAACGUUAUGUGAUUCAUCUCCUAGGUUGAAAUACAAUAUUUUUAAGUUGUAAAGGGUUUUUGCAUGAUAUGGGUUCAAAACUAUUUUUGUAAGUUUGUGAAUUUUGUAGUAUAUAAUAACAAAAAAUAUGUUAUCCGUUUAUA